AGCCCACCCUGACCCCACAACUCUCUCUUCCCCUGCAGGUCAGCCCAAGGUCUCACCCACCGUCCACCUCUUCCCGCCAUCCUCUGAGGAGAUCUCCACACUGAACAAAGCCACCCUGGUGUGUCUGCUGGAGAACUUCUACCCCCGUGCCGUGACAGUGUCCUGGAAGGUCAAUGACAAACCCGUCACCAGUGGUGUGGAGACCAGCCUGGCCCAGCGACAGACCAACAACCAGUACAUGGCCAGCAGCUACCUGACGCUGAGUGCCAGUGAGUGGAAGGCGAGCAACUCUGUCGUCUGCGAUGUCAAGCACGAGGCUGGCAACGUGGAGAAGACCGUGAAGAGAUCUGAGUGCCCCUAA